CUAUGCACAUUCAUUUUUUCCUUUGACCUUUUGUUCAUCACUGAUUGUUUUCAAUGCUUUUCAACUGACGACGUAGUUGAUGUUUACGGCUGUCCCCCAAAAUCCCAAAUCACGUGACACUGCUUCAUGCGUGAUUUGGUGAGGAAUUGCUGAUUUUGAACAUCGUGCAUGCGUAAUGUGAAUUGUUUGGUGAAUAUACUUCCCGUCGCAAUGACUGCAGGUUCUGUUCUCAUAUUACACUACAGGCUCUGCAAAUUUUGCCUUACCAGCAAAAUCCCUCCAUUCAUAAAUAUUUCUGUCGAUAAUCCUCCCUUGUUCUCCUCAUGUACGGCAAGCGUUAAUGAUCUGUGAGGCGCAAUCCAAUUGGUCAAUGGGUUGAUUCGUUCAUGUUUUAUUGUUCAGCGCGUGUCCCCAUUGGUCAAUCAAUGAUACAAAACAGAUGGCUGUCUGCCUUGUACCAGCACAUCUGUCAGAAUAUUUUAAUUUAACGCUCAAAGCACAAAAGGGUCAUGUAAAUAUCAAUACUAUGAGCGAAACGAACGUAAAACUGUGACACUGUGAAGUUGGAACCCGGUGAUGUUCGAAAUAGCCUACGCUAUAGUUCGAAAGGUGUCGCUUGGAAUAACAUUAUUAGAAGAGAUUACAACUUGUGCAGGCGCUUGAAACCCAGUUCAUGACUGGUAAUUCCCCUUGCAUGUGGUUGAUGUUCCGCAAGACAAGACACGAAUCGACACAGUGUCAUGUUCAGAGGAGAACUUAAGUAACCAUGCACACAACUGCUCCGAAAUCGUUGUAAAUCUGUGUCAGCGAGAAGGGGGAUUGUCUAGACAGUUUCACGCGGUGGACAAGUUCAGGCUCGAUUUGCGUCAAACCGGAUCUUAAACAUUGUGUUUAGUUUAUCAAGAUGUCUUCUUUCGAUCUCACGCAAGAGGUUUCUAUCUCGUCCGCGAGAUCAUCGUACAGCGUCGAGACAGUGCGAGGUUUAUGCGGCUCCCCAAAUCGAGGCUCGGCCUCGCCUUCGUCGUCCGGUUCGCCGGGGGACAAGGAAUCAAGCUACGUGUUCUUUGACGCCUUGCUCCCAAGCAACAUCUUGUCUAUACUAAACGAGAUGAGACUGGCAGGAGAAUGCACGGACAUUGUUCUUUGCGUCGGCUCCCGUGAAUUUAGCUGUCACCGAGCCCUACUAGCUGCAGCAAGCCCGUACUUCAGGGCCAUGUUCACGGGAGACUUGAGAGAAAGCUACGAGACCAGAAUCGCCCUUCACGACGUUUGCCCCAAGAUGGUCGGUCACUUGAUCGAGUUCGCUUACAAAUCCCGCAUCAUCAUCACGGAGGAGAACGCAGAGGAAUUGUACAUCACUUCCAACUUCCUCCAGUUCGAGCAGGUGGCUAGAUCCUGCGCCGAGUUCCUCCAACGAAACAUCUGCGCCGGAAACUGCCUGAGCCUGGCGAGAUUUGCUGAGACUUACCGAUGCUUACCACUACAGAGAGACGCCGAGAGGUUCGUUCUGGAACAUUUCGAGGAAGUAUCGCUAGAAAGUGAAUUCCUAGACCUGAGAUUCGACCAAUUGGUGGCGUACAUCCGCCACGACGAGCUAGCUGUACGGUCUGAGAAGGUUGUGUAUGACGCCGUCUCAAGGUGGAUCAGAUCUAACCUGGAGGAGCGCGCUCUCUUCCGUCCAGAGCUUCUGCGAUCAAUCCGUCUUCCUUUCAUCGAAGAGGACAUCCUGAACGAGAUAUUGUCUGGAGGUGAUGGAGGCCAGCUUCCCAAGUCCAGACACUGCGUUGAGGUCCUCAAAGAAGCCAAAUGCUGCCAGUGGUUGAUGAAGAGGGGCUACCGCGUGCUAGGCCCGGGAACCUCACCCAGGAGCCCCGGUCGAAGGUCGGAGAUCAUUGUGCUUGUUGGAGGCCACCAGAAAACUUCCGAUGGUGAAUACAUCUACAGUGACGAGGUGUACUGCAUGGAUGCACACGACGCUGCCAAGUCUUCGUAUCCCACAUGGUACCCGCUCGCUCGAAUGCCACACCACAUGAAGAGAAAAUACAGUGUUGCUGCAUUAGGUUCUGAUAUUUAUGUGACUGGUGGCUAUGAUACAGUGUGUGAACAGUCUUCUCGUCUCGUCUGGCGGUAUUCUUUCUCUCGCAAUCGAUGGAAGCCGACAACUAGCCUCCUGGACGCACGUCACUCCCACGGCUCUGCCUCACUGAACGGUCGCCUCUACGUCGUCGGUGGUAAAACCUCCUUUCAAAAUACCAGACUUGAUUCUGUCGAGUGUUACAACCCUUUCACAGACGAAUGGAAACAGGUUGCUCCGCUUCCAAUCGCAGUCAGCGUUCCAUCAGUGGUUGGCCAUCAUGGCAGACUGUACGUGGUUGGCGGAGCUACACAGGAUGAGUGCGCAUGCUCACAUAUUCAAUGUUACGAUCCAAUCACAGAUGUUUGGUCGCUUCUGCCCAAUUUAGAAUUUUCCCGCAAGACGCUGCGGGUAGCGACGGCGCAAGACGGGCGGAUGUUCGUCCUAGGCGGUCGGAAACCUCGCGAAGUGUCAGAAAUUUCUCUAGAGACCAGCGAGGAGUGUCCUCACGAGCCGUCCAAUGAGCAGCGGACUUUUCCUGGGGUCACCAUAGCGGGCGACAGACUCUGGGUCUUCGGGGGGAAAAUCGGCGAGGAGUCCCGUAGUUGCGCGGAAUACUACGAUCUGCAGACGAAUACGUGGACUACAUUGGUAGGGUUCAUGCCAAAAACCCUCUAUAUGCACGGCUGUGUGACCAUAACAGAUGAUACUUAACUCCCACAAAACUGUCCUGUAUCGGCUUCCUUAAUUAAUUUUGCCCUUCAGAUCGAUAUCGUGAACAAAGUUGCGGAGUUUAUGCCAAAAAAAUGACCCAAUAAGAUAAUCCUGCAUUUACGGAUGGACCUUAACUACCCUGACAUGCAUGAUGUUUAAUUGUAGCUAAAUACUUAAAAAUCUUUAGCAGAAGGCUCAUCUGUUUUAGCUCAACUAGUCAAACAUUUCCAGGACUGCAGAUCCGAACGUGUCAUAAUUAGGCCUACUGAGUAUUAAACACAAUACACCAUAGGUUUUUCUAAGCAAAAGUGUAUCACUGUCAAUUGAGCUUACAGCAAACUGGGUCAAAAAAGUUCUUAGGCUUAUCAUCAUCAGCCGUGAUAAAUCGUAAUUUACCCCCUCUAUCAAACAAUGCAGAGAUAAUGAAUUGAUUACGCAUAAUUUUGUAUCAGUUUAAUCCUUGCUUUAUUUGUUCUAAGUGUUCUCUUUUUUUCGAAGAUGGUUCCGUCACAAAGCUUCCUGAAGACAUUUUGAGAGUUUUAAUAUUUAUUAAUAAAUCAGUGUUCCAUGCAAUCACUGGCCUGAUGAAACUUUAAUAUUCUUGUAAAGGGAAUUAGGGAAAUAAAAAGAUAUGGUUUAAGUGUGUAUAUUUUGGAAAGUGAUGGACUGAAAUUCUUAGACCUUUUAAAGAUGGUGUUUGAUAUUCAUCUGCUUUGAAAAUUUUGUCAUUUUUAUAUUACAUAGUUUAGAACUUUUAUAAAAGUUGGGCAUCAUUCCACAAACUAAGAUUCUGAUAUCAUCGCUUUAAUAGUGCAGUUUAUUAUCGAGAAGAUAAUUAGUAAUCGUAUGGUACGUUAGAUGUGUGUAAAGGGAAAUUUUAUUUAAUGGAGCGUAAAAUUGGAUGGGUAUUUAAUAAGUGUAAUGGUUGUGGAAAAUGUUCCUAUCAGGUCAGAAGUAGCCAUUUUUAAACAUGAUUGUUCGAAAAUAGAUGACGGACUAAUAAAUUUUACUGCAGAAAUCUGUUUCCAGAUGUUCUUUGUCUUACCAAUUAUAUCUCCGAAUUUCAUCACCCCGUAAUCCCUGUUUGAUUUACUUGGUGAAUCGUUCAACUGUCGGGCAAGCAGAUUACCCCGCCUUCAAUGUUUCAAUUCUCCCCAUGGGCAAACUGAAUGUAUC